GAGUUAACGCUCUGCCUGCAGGCGUCCACUCUGUCAAAGUGAUUGUGAGAAGUAAAGGCCUUGCAUCCGGUUCUGUCACCCUGACCAGUCUCGCCCAAGCUGACCUCAACCCCAAUGUGGGCAGCCUGGCAGGAGGAACCUCUCUCAUCUUCACUGGAAACGGCUUUGCUCCAGGGAACACCAAGGUGAUGGUCGAUGGCCAACCCUGCAAGAUUCAGGAGGAGAUGCCGCGUCGGCUUAGCUGCCUGACUCCUCCUCACAGAGAGGGGCUGGUAACCGUCACCAUCCAGGUCUUUUCGUUGCAGUAUCCUCCUCUUUACUUCACCUACUCUGCAGCCAACACUCCGGUCAUCAGCUCCAUCAGCCCCACUACUGGGCCGAGCGGUGCAGUCAUCACACUGACAGGUUCAGGAUUUGGCAGUGACUCUCAGCAAAUCUCCAUCACCAUAAACAAUGUCCCCUGCAAUGUUACUUCAGUCUCUGACACACAGAUUCAGUGCACUGCAGGAGACAACCCAGGGGGGGCAUACCCAGUCAUGCUGCACCACCAGGUCAAAGGUCAUGCCCAGUCAGCUGUCAUGUUCAUGUAUGAGCUGAUUCUGAGCAGCGUGCAGCCCAGUGAGGGCAGUUUUGGUGGCGGUGCUCUGCUGUCCGUGCAGGGUUCUGGGUUUGACCCGCACAACUCCACUGUGAUGAUCUGCGGUAAGGAGUGUGAAGUUCGCAGAGAGAUAUCAACAUCAAACAUUCUGUACUGCCAGUCUCCACUCAACGACGGCACUCGCUCACAGGUGAGCUGCGUGGUUGCUGUCUUUAAUCACCUGGAUACCGUCAACAUAUCAAAUGGCUUCACCUACAAAUCUCAGUUGACUCCGGUGAUCAAUGAAGUUUCUCCACGCAGGGGAGGAACUGCCGGAGGCACCCAGCUCACAAUCGCCGGCUCCGGUUUCAGCACUGACAUGAAUGAAGUCAAUGUCACCAUCGCAGGGUCUGUGUGUGAUGUUCAAUCCACCAACAACACACACAUUAUUUGUGUGACAAAUGCUCAGCAACAGUCUCAAGAAACCAAAGUCAGAGUCAGCGUCGGAGACCAAGGCAUCGCUAAGAUG